AUGUCCGCAUCGCCGAAUCGUUCGACUGCUUUCGAGCGUAACGAUACAAUGGACACCUACACUUCCAAUCUCUCUUUACCUACAUCACCAGACGCCAAUCUAACACCAUCACCCAAUCGAACAGUAGUCGAUCUCGACUCAAUAGCCAAUCCAGACAAACUUGACAAGAAACUUGAAGACCAAUUGACAUCAGAACAAAACAAUGAACAAGAUCUGGAAAGAGCUCAAUCGACAACUAUCAAAGGAGCAGAGAUCAAAUUGAGUCAAAAAAGAAAAUGGUUUUUGUUAUUCGUGUUCUCUGUCGCACAGUACCUCGAUAUCGCUUCGUACUCGGGUCUAUUCGUAUUCACCGAUGCGGUCCUUAAUGAUCUUGACAUCCUUUACGCUUCGUCUUCAUGGGUUAUCACCGCUUACUCUGUGACCUUUGCUGCGUUCCUCCUUUUCUGGGGUCGAGUGUCAGACUUGUAUUCGGCGAAACCAGUUUUCGCUUAUGGUUUCUUGUUACUUGGUGUUCUCAAUCUCAUCAUCAGUUUCAUGACCGACAAAUAUGCCUAUUUCGUCUUUAGGGCUCUUAGUGGUAUUGCGGGAGCUGCAACUAUUCCUUCUGCUUUCAGACUGAUUUUGGCGAUUUUCGAACCGGCAGAACUGAAUGUGGCUCUCACCAUCUUCGGUCUUAGUGGAGCUAUUGCCAAUGUCACUGGUCUCGUCCUUGCUGGUUUCUUCGGCUUCAUCACUGCUGGUGGUCAACAAGCGGCAUGGCGAUGGUUCUUCCGAAUGAUUGCUAUAGUUUGUGUCCCAUUCGCAUUCGCAGCCAUCACACUUGUCCCCAAGACAAAAGGUGAAAAGGCCGAAGAAGUUUCGACAUCAAAAGAUAAAUUCAAGAGAUUGGAUUUAGUUGGAUCAUUCAUGAUGUUAAUCGCUAUCAUCCUUCUUAUCCUCGGAUUAACACUUGGAGCAUCAUAUGGAUGGAAAACAGCGAAAUUCCUCGUACCAUUCUUAUUGGCAUGGCCUAUAUUUGUCGGAUUUUUCUUUUGGGAAGCUAGAUUACCUGAAGGAUACGCAUUAAUCCCACCCAGUUUCUGGAAAAUUCCCAAUAUGACUUUAUUGAUUGUUUUCGCACUCGGUAUUUAUCCUUGGUGGGCGACAAAUCAAUUACCUUUGGUCGAACGAUUCUUGGUAGUCUAUCACGAAACUCCAAUUAUCGCAGCUGUACGAAUGCUUCCUCAAGGUAUCGCAGCUUUAGCUGUAGCAAUGACUAUCCCUCCUUUAUUGCAGAAGUUAGGUUCGGGUAAAUGGCCAAUAGCAGGUGGGAUGUUACUUGGAGCCGUCUCUUACCUAUUGAUGAUCUUCUCUCGAGGUGAGGUUCACAAUAACCAAUAUUGGAGAUGGUUAUUCCCCGCUUUCAUCCUUGGAAGUGGUGCUGCCAUGGCUAGUUUCCUAGGAACCAAUAUCACUGUCAUGACUUCUGUCCCUCCCGAUCACGCUGGUGUUGCCGGGGCAAUGUUGCAAGUGUCACUUCAAUUAGGAGCCGUCUUGGGUCUUACAGUUCAAUCUGGAUUAUUGACACUACACGAAGGAAGUUUCGAGAAUUACGCCAAUGUUCAAGCUUCGUUCUGGUUCCAAUUCGGUUGGACCGUACUCAACAUGCUAUUGAUCGUCUUCUUAUUCAGACCCAAUAAAGCCGCUGCGGGAAGCGCUCAAGCUGCCAAAUUAGAAGGAAAAGAAGGUCCAGAAUCAUUAGCUGUCGUAGUAUAG